UCGAUUAUUUCUGCCAAACAAGUAAAAAACUCAAUAUUAUUUAUCAAUCUCGUCGCACCUCGUUGGAUUUGUCUAUUAAAAUUGUAUUUCAAAGGAAAUUUCUAGCAGAAAAUGGGCUCUAAGACAGAAAGUAAGAACAAAGGAACAUUUCAACCGGAUUCAGAUGUUCACAUUACCAUAGACGAUCAAAUGAAAAUCAACAAAUUUGCUAACUACAAUGCCAAAGUUGAAGAUCUUAAAGAGGAACUAAAGAUAAAACAAAAUGAAUUGAAAAAUCUGGAGGAAGCCGGCGAUGAAAUAGAGCUUUUGGAUGAAGAAACGCCGAUACCGUUUUUGAUCGGGGAAGUGUUCAUUUCACACGAUCUACCAAGGACACAGGAACUAUUAGCCGAAGUGAAAGAGAAGAAAAAAAUAGAGAUCGAAAACAUUCAGAAGCUAUCGAAAGAAAUCCAGGAAAAGAUGAGCGAGCUCAAGGCACAUCUCUAUGGAAGAUUCGGAAGCAACAUCUACCUUGAGAAUGACGAAUAAAUGAUGGAAGUACACAAAUAAAUGAAUUUCUAUUGGA